UGAGGCUGAGACAGAGACAUUCACAUUCACCUGCUCCAAGAGCGUGGCUCUCGAGCUCCACCAGACUGACAGCUGGGACCGAGUGUAUCUGUCUCUCUCUCUGCACAGGAUACACUCAUACAGACACCCACUGACAGCGCAAAUUACUCGCAGCGAAAGUGCACGAGAAACUUUCGGAGACGAAAGCGGGGGGAAAAUAAAAAAAGUUUUAAUCCCCCCCCACCGUCAAACAGAGCAUCCAGUUUAUCGUGAUCCGCAGCGAGAAACACUAAACAGACGGUAACAUGGGAGCGUCCAGCACUAGAACCUUGCAUCUGAUUUUGUUUCUGCUGCUGGGGUUGGGGAUGCGAGCACAAGCAAUGACCACAGUGACUGCAAUGAUUGGAGAUACCGUAACACUGCCUUGUGAGGCGAAACUAUUUGGUGAUUUGAACUUGGUGUCGUGGAGAGUGAGAUUAACUGAUACAUCUAAUGAGCAACUACUUUCAUACUCACCAUCUAACAGCAAAACAGAGAUGAAAAAUAUACCUGAAUACAAGGACAGGAUAUUUUUGAAUAAAAAUUUCUUCUUAAAUAUCACUGAUGUUGGAAUUAAGGAUGAAAGAGUGUUUUCCUGCUUUACAUUGGUGGGUUCAGACAUAGAUGAAGUUCCAGUUGCCCUCAAAGUUUACAAAGCACCAUUGACUCCUGAAGUAAUGGAACUGGCUGCAUUCCUAAAUGAAGGGGUACUGCAGAAGGUUGGUGUGUGUGUUGUGAACAAUACCUACCCAAUGCCCAAUAUUACGUGGCAGCGCAAUGAUGAUAAUGUGGACCUCAACAGCCCAGAUGUAAAUGUUACCAAUAAUGUAGUUACUGAUGAAAAUGGUUUUUAUGAAGUGCAAUCUUCUCUGAGUUACUCGUCAAGAAGGGAGGAGGGAAAAGUUUCUUUUAUCUGUACGGCAAUUUACUUUGAAGGCCUGAACAAGACAUCAGCCAAAACCUCUUCACCAGUCACUUUGUUGAUCCACUACAAAUCUUCAAAGGUUUCAUUGCAAGUGACCCCAGCACAAGACGUCGAAGAAGGAACAAAUGUUACAAUAUCGUGUUCAGGUGAUGGAUAUCCUCGUCCAGAAAACUUCAACUUCAUGAAAAGUGGAGAGGAGUACGUUGUGGUCACAGAUCAUUAUGAACUAAUUAAUGUGACACAGGAGGAUACCGGUGAAUACACGUGUUCAGAGCAAGAUAACCCGAACAUAAAGGGUGGUGUUAAUGUCACUGUGCACUACUUAACCUUGACUAUGAAUCCUAAUAAAAGUAUCUCUAAGAUGGUUGGAGAGAACAUAACCCUGGAUUGCCUUGCUUCCUCUUCUGGAACUGUGGAUGUUACCCUGAUGAAAAAAAAUAAGGUUUACCAAACUCCGCUCAGGUUGGAUUCACUACAGUAUAUGCAUUCUGGCACUUACACCUGCUCAGCCAGGCUACGGGAAGUAAAGGAAAUGAAGAGAGAGAAAGCAAUAAUGAUACGGGUGGAAGGAAAGCCCAAGAUAACUAAAUUGACAAAGAAGAUUGUGAACAAUACGAAAGUGAUCACCUGUGUUGUGGAGGGAUUCCCCAAGCCAGUUGUACAAUGGAGCAUCAAUGGAACGGCUCCCAGAGAGGAAUCAGUAAAGGAUAAAAAAUCACAGUGGAACCACAAGAUAACUGUACAACCUUCAGAGAAUAUUACCGUAACAUGCAUAGCCACAAAUGCUCAUGGACAGGAUCAAGAUACAGUGAAUCUAACUGCCAUGCGGUUCAAGGAACCAGAGGAUGAAACUCUUGAGCAAGACCCUGCAGACCCAACAGAUGAGAAGAGUGACAGCAAAACUGACCAGGCCAAAGUGAUAGUGGGAGUCAUUGUUGGCCUCCUUAUAGCUGCAGUCAUCGCUGGUGUGGUUUAUUGGUUGUACAAAAAGAAAAGCCCAACAUCAAAGACCAAAACCAAUGAACGAGGCACUGCUGAUGAGAUCAAGAAGAUAAAUAAGGGAGAUAACAAUCACACAUCAGGUUCCUCUGCUGUAUAACCAUAUCUCAACAAGUCAGGGAUACAAAACAUCUACUCAGAUACAGAUUGGCCAAGGACGUGAUUGACAUUGAAAUAAUGAAUUGUAAGAUAUGCUGAAAUCAACAGCGACUUGAAAUUGCCAUGCUUCUCCACCGCUGGCAAUGCCUUAUCUCUAAGAUACGGAAUUACAGAUAUCUUCAGCUGAAUAUCCAAAUAUUUUUAAUGAAACACAUUGUUUGUUACUCUUUGUGGGCUGAAGCAGCAUUUUACUUGAGCAGUUGUACACAAGGGGAAAUUAUCUCCUCACACUGAUAACGCAAAUAUGCAGUAACUUUUCAUUGGAUUCAACACAUACAGCACAUGACUAAUAUUAGAAGAGGUGACCAAGAUAUUACUCUCAAUUAAGGGACUCAGUCCUUUAAGGAAUAAUAAAGUGCCCCAGUGUAACAAAUGAGGGGUUAAGAUAUUUUAAGAAGUGUGUUUCAUUGUUUUGAAUAUCUGCACUGAUGUGUUUGCUUUAAAUGUUAAUAUAAUUUUCCAGGGGGUGGUGAAUACUUUCAUGUGCCAUUUCCUUAUGGCAAUGGUUUAUGGGUUAAUGUGGAUCAUACUGCAAAUGUAUUUUUUUUUAAAUAUUAGCUUCAGGUAAAUUUCCAUGGCAAUUCUGGUUAGUAAGAGUUGGUACAAAGCAAAAGAUUUCAUUGGCUGAGUUGAUGUUAAACCAUUGUUAGACUUCAGUGGAACUUCCGUUAUCUUCCACGAUGGAGAAAAUCCCAGAUAUGACUUAGUUUUAGACCCACAUUACAGCAGUUGCCUUGAAAGGAAAGGAAGGUAAGUAAAAUAUAUUGAGUUGAAUCGUAUAGGGUCCUGGAUGAUGUGGGCUUUGGUAAGAUAUUGGCCAGAAUUGUAAUGCAAGUCCACUGAGAUCCUUCUUAAUGCUGGAACAUACAACUACGUUCCGGCUUAGCAACAAAACUCAAGGGUCAAUGAUCAUCUGAGAUCUCAUUGACCCAGAUGACCACCUUAGAUCAGGUCUAAUAGUGAGGACAUCUUUCCUCUGCACCAUUUAUCAAAUAGGUUCUUAUCUGCAAAGUGAAGCAGAGUUACAUGUAUCUGAAACAUCUGGGACAAAUGUCAAGGUUGCACAACCAUGGAUUAAAGGUCCUCAGCUAGGCACACAACUGUCUUUAAAAGAUGACAUGGGUAGCAGGGAUGGAGGUCUAGGUUGAAAAAUCUUGGCUUUGAUGAGCUCUUCUCGAGAGAGAGAGCAAGCGAGCACAUGGUAGAACUGGGCUACUGUCAGAUGUGAGGAGCAACAAAGGGGUGGCAUCGGUAGUUAAUGAGGCAAGUGUAGGACAACAGCAUGAGAACACUUCACAAAAUUGACAUUUCAGCCCAUUUAAUUCAGUCAUUCUGUAUAGCAGCAUUUAUAAUGGGAGGCAAUUGAACUUAGGCUUUUUGGGAGAAAAAAAGUUACAUCAUACAAAGCUUUAUCCUCCAAAGAUUCUGAUGGAUGGUCAAAAGAUCAGAGCACAGAUAAUGAAGGUUCCACUGUCCCUUAUCAAUUGCUCACAUAGAUUUAAAUUUUACUAAUCCUUGCUGCUAGUUUCACCAACUAGUUGCACUGCUUUAAGCACUCUGAUAACAAAUUGAAAUUUGCUGGAACACUCCUACAUUUUCAUCUGUUGUUCCUCAAUAAUACUGGAAUUAAGGAGGAAGUAAUGUAUGUUUAUAAUUGCAUCUUUUUGUAUGAUCUUAAUUGAGGCAUCCAGAGAUAACAUCCUUAAAUGUGUGUGAUAGAGCAGUUGGUAUCCAAAAAACUUUGAAAAGUAUUAGAAACCAAAUAUAAAUGAUAAAUAGGAAUCAAACUAUUUUGUUUACAAACUCCUGAAGGGUUUUGCAGAGCAAAUCAGCAACUUGGAUUAUAAUAUUUGUAUAUUAUUUAGACUGAGCAAAAGUCAACUCUGCUACAUGUAGCAUCAAAUAAUGCUUUUACAAUGUUGAUGCAUACUGACUGGAUUCCCACAUGGAUUUCACCAGGUUAAUUUUUUCUUUUAAUUUUUCAUUUUCAAAGUUGAAGCUAAUUAUUGAUCAAUAUUUAAUUUGCCAUAAAUGUCUAGACAUUGUGGGAUGAUUUUGAAUACACAAGAUGUUUGUGAGAUAAAUAUGCUAAAAUUGUGCACGUUUGAGGAAUCUAUUCACUUAAUUUUUGUGGUGACCUGAUACAUGGGCUACUCUUUUCUUUGCAAACUACAAUCUCCAUUUCUGUGAUGCCCCUUAUUUCAUUAGUUUUUCCAAAUAUAUGCACCAGAUGUUUGUAACACAUUCGGAGGUUGUGAACCCCUGGAAAUUCACUAAACCUGCCCAGAAUAUUUACAUAUCACUUAUAUGUUAGCAGUGCAGGCAGUUAACUAAAUUUGGGUCAUUUAAAAUGACAUUUCGACUUUCAUGAUAUGAUGGAUUCUAUGUUUUCUGUUAUGGAGGUGAAGCAUAGUAUGUGGACUUAAUGGUUUUGCAAAGACUUGUUAUUCUUCAACAACUGAAUCUCAAAUACACAAAAGUAAAUAAUAAUGCCCUCUAAUCCUAUGGAUCAUCAUAGCCUCACUUAGACAUUAGCAAAGAUUGGCAGUUGCAUGGAAAGUUAGAUGGAACUGUACAAAUAUCAACAUUGAUCUCAUUGUAAAAACGGGAUUUAACUUAUUCAGUCAUCACAUGGCAGUGACCCAGAUUAGUUAGCCUGAUUCUCUGUACAAAAACAAUUCAUAAUCUUUAAUCUUUCCAGUUUGCUAAAAAAAAUAAAUGUUUUGAAGCUUCAAA